AGUAACGAACGAGGUUAUGUGGGGUGCGAGUGUUGUGCAGAAAGUGUAAAAAAAAUACCAAAAUCAAUGGUAUCCGAUAAUGGCUGAAGAGUUGUUAGUAGUUUUAAAUCGGAGUGAAAAUGCGAGUUUAGGAUUUUCGUUGUUACAAAAACCGGGACUGCCUCCGAUCAUUUACAAUAUAUUGGAUGAUUCCCCGGCGGCCGAGAGUGGAGAGGUCGAAGUAGGAGAUCUGAUAUUAAAAGUAAAUGAAACGGAUGUCAUAAAGUACAGCACUAGAGAAGUUCUAAAAUGCCUGCGAUUAUCUUCAGAUCCGGUUACACUAAAAAUUAAACGCGAUCCGAUAGUGAAAUUAACGGUCCGCAAACAUCUACAAACAUCAAACUUGCCGGCAGUCGAAAAUCAAAUUACGCGCGAAAGGUCUCCGCUGACGGGGGGUAGGGCUGCCAGACCUGAACCGGCGGUGCACCGGUCACACCACCAUGGGCGGCACGUGGCCGCCGCCACCACCGGAGCAGCCAACGGGCGGCUGCCGCCUACCGAACACGAGCCGCUGCUACUUGAACACGAGCGACUGCAAGGCGAGCCGCCCACUGUUAAGACGGGCGCGCCCAAGUUCGAGGCCUACAUGAUGACUGGCGAACAUAUACUCAAUAUUUCUAGGAUGCCACAAACUACUAGUAUAGUACCCAAGCAACAAAAAAAGGCGGACCAUUCGAGGUAUCACAAUAGUCAUGCACACCACCUGCGGCAUCAGCCGAAGGAGCAUAAUUCAGUGCCAAAUAGCCCUAACGAGACAGACCUGAGCCGAGGGGGUCGGUCUUCGGGGCCCAACUCGGCACACACUUCGCCUGUUGGGGGCACCCGUAAAGAGCAUCCCCCCUUACAGCAUUCACCACAAGACCCAUAUGCAGCUAACAGCUUUGUUCGAACGAGUCGAAGCGAGGAUCAGCUUCAGAUCCAGAAUAACUUGGGAGGCGCAGUAAGCACGGCGAACUCCGAAGCUGAUGAAGAUGUCGCUAGUUCUCUUAAUACUCUUUUAGAUACAAGGCCUGAUUCCGCAAAUAGUGAUAGCGAUAGAAUCGUCUGGACCUAUAACGCUCCCAUUUCGGAGCUCCAUAAGCUGGGGCAUACUCUUUCUAACGGCAGCAGUUCGUCGCACAGCAAUACGUCGGCGUCGAGCAGUCCCUUACACUCGGGUUCCCCCAACUCUCCCACCUCGGUGUCUUCCUCUGUGAUGUCGAGCCAAUCUGGCUCGCGUCGUUUACCCUACUCGCUGACCAACGGACCUCAGCAACAACAAACGUUUACUGAUUACAGUGUUUCUGAAGCACUCCAUAUUUCAGCAAUCUCCAACAUCUCAAGUCCAGAUUAUCACGAUGACGACAGCGUGGGCAUCCGAGACUGCGUCAUGGAGAUCAGCGACCACAGCGAUAGUGACAGUACCCUCCUUGGACCGGAACCAGGUCGACGGCGAGGGAACUCUCGGGGCACGAUGGAUGGAGGACCAGCCCAAGGCGAUCACAAGAUCGUUAUCCAGGUGCGCGGGCCCCAGGAGAAGAGGGCGCAUGGAAACGGGGAUACCGCCUCGGUGCAGGCCGGUGGCCAAGCGUUUCCGGAAACGACCGAAGAAGAUAGCAGAGAGGAAGAUAAGAAAUCAUCUCCGUUAUCUUCUGAAGAUGAGAGUGAUGUAGAUAGUUUGCAUAGUUUUCAUUAUUCCCCGAAGGCAGUUGAUUUGCCUUCGGCCAUUAGGUUAGCUAAGAGAUUGUACAGUUUGGACGGAUUUAAGAAAUCCGACGUUUCAAGGCAACUUAGUAAAAACAAUGACUUUAGUAGGGCUGUGGCAGAAGAAUACUUAAAAUAUUUUAACUUCGAAAAAGAUACCUUAGAUAUAGCUUUAAGAAAGUUCCUUAAACAAUUUUCCUUGACCGGAGAGACUCAGGAGCGAGAGAGGGUUUUGGUGCACUUCUCUAAGAGGUACCUGGACUGCAAUCCUGGCUCCUUCAAUUCACAAGAUGCGGUACAUACGUUGACUUGUGCCAUUAUGUUACUAAAUUCCGACUUGCAUUCGCAAAACAUCGGCAGAAAAAUGACCUGCAACGAUUUUAUUGUGAACUUGACAGACUUAAAUGAGGGCGAGAAUUUUCCUAGGGAGAUUCUUAAGCAACUUUAUCAUGCGAUUAAGAACCAUCCUUUAGAAUGGGCAUUGGACAGCGAUCCGGAUGAAUCAGGUCCCCAUACGAGAAAUAACGACUUAAACGUGAUGGGUAACCCAUUUUUGGAUGUCCCGAAUUCGUCCAAUGCGGUGGAAUACAAAAAAGGUUACGUUAUGCGCAAGUGUUGCUAUGAAGCCAAUGCCAAGAGAAGCCUCUGCUGCGUUUUUCUAGCGCCAUUUCACAAGCGUAGCUGGAAGAUGUUCUACUGCACCCUUAGAGACAUGGUACUCUACCUACACAAAGACGAAAACGGAUUCCGUAAGAACCAGAUGGGCGGUGAUAAUCUGCAUAAUGCUAUUCGGAUACACCACGCAUUAGCGACUAAGGCGCAGGAUUAUACAAAAAAGCAGUAUGUGUUCCGAUUACAGACUGCUGAUCAAGCUGAGUACCUCUUCCAAACAAGCGAUUCCAAAGAGCUUCAAUCGUGGAUAGAUACAAUUAAUUUUGUGGCUGCCAGUUUUUCGGCUCCACCUCUGGAAGCAGCCGUGGGUUCUCAAAAGAAGUUCCAGAGACCCCUCUUGCCGAGUAGUUAUACCAAAUUACAUUUACGGGAGCAGUUAGAAGACCACGAGGAGAGAGUAGUGAGACUGGAAGCGAUGUUAGAAGAGCAUAGGAAAUGCCCGCCGGAGAAAGGAGCAAAAUCCCUUAUUGUACAGAACUAUAAAGAAAAGGAAACAUAUUUAAAUUUUGAGAUCAAACGCUAUAGGACAUACGCUUACAUGCUUCGCUCCCGAGCGCCCGCGCCUCUUACCCCGCCGAUUAUCGAGACAGCACCCGCGGUCCGACUUGCGCAAAAUAGCAUCGGCGAGGUGGACGAAUCGGCCGUAUCGUCACAACCCCCGGGUCACGUGACGGUCGUCGAGGGAGGCGGCAGCAGUCUGGUGCCGCCCCCUAUACCGGAACGGCGCUCCUCGCCGGUUACAAACAGGUGUAGUUUAACAAUAGUGCAUAUAAUUUACUGCCAAGCCGAUUAUCCUCCCUUCCUUAAGGAAACCCCGGAAUGAAUAGCCCUGCCUGUAUUACUAGAGCAUGGACCUGCUGUGUUUAGACGUUAAACACACUGACUUGUGCAAUUUGAAGACAGACACAAGAAUUUAAAUGUUAUAAAAACCCGAUUUUUUUUAGAAAAUAUGAUGACCUAAAAGAGUAGAAUUUGGCAAAUUCAGUGUUGGAAACGACAAAUAAUAGUGAUGUGGUAAUGACGUUUAUAUUUAAAAAUAUUUAGAAUAUGUUGUCGUUUUAACAUAUAUGAAGUCAUAAUGUCUAUUAGUAAACGAUAUUUGCUUCUAUAGAUUUGUUUUAAAACACAAUAAUGAUACAACAAAUAUAUUUUUACCUAUUUCUAGCAAUUUUAGAAUGUGUGUAUAUUUUUGAUAUGUAUACUAUAUACUGUAUCUAUUUACAAAAUUAGAAAAAUAUAUUAACUUAAAUAUGAUGACAAUUUCUCCAUACAUACUGUAUAUCUAGUUUCUUUUAUCAUGUGGUUUAUCGUUUUCUCGUAUUUAUUUAUAUCAAAUAGUUAUAACAAACAACGUUUUUUCCUUUUUAAUCUUGUUCUUUUAGUCAAUACAGAGAAAUAUCUUCAUUCUCUUUGCACAACAUCCCAAUCCAGCUACCCCUAAAUAUUGUAAUAUCCAUGGUUCCCAUAUGCUACUAAUAGCCUUAUUUUUAUUCUCAAAUACGUGUUUGCAAAGUAAUUGCAAUAUUUUCAAUAUUAUCAGAACUGGUUAAUUUUCUAAUGUAGAUUUUAAUGUAUUUGAUUUUUUCCAGACAUAUUAAAUUAAAUUUUUUUUUUUUUUAAAUUAAAAAUUAAAGCAUCGAAAAGAACUACGUGUGUAAGAAUUAUAUGUUCGGUGAAUAAUCGGUUUUCUAAAUUAAAUAUUCCAGUAAAAUGUUAGCAUUUAUUUAUUUUGUGUCACUCCAAGAAUUAUGUUGACGUAAUUUGCUGGAGUUAACAACUCGCGUUGCCUACAUUUUAAACAAAUAAAGAGAACUGUAUUCGAAUGGAAUAUUCAGUAAAUUGAACGUAUCACAUAUACGUGUAUCAAAGAAACACACAUGGACUAAUUCACAAAACUGUUUCCGUCCUACUUUAAAUUGUCUUAAUUUAUAAAAUAUUAUUUUAAUUAAAACAUAGUUACUCAAAAUUAAGAUAACUAUAUAACCAUAGUUUUUAAAAUUUCAUGGCUGGCAAUCAUACCAUAAACUCCCGUUUAUGAUAAAACGAAAAAAAUAUAUUUAUUAAGGCCCUGUAUUUUUAUAUUUAUUUGAUUUUAAAUAUAGACUACAUAAUAAAAACUAAUUUUCAACAAAAAUCAUUCGUAGGCAAUAACCUAAAAUAAGAAGUAAUUCGCCAUGUAAGAAAAAAAAAUAAAUUAAGGAUUUGUUUAGUUAAAUAUAAAUAUAAAUUCUUUUAAUUAAUUUUAUAUGUAAACGCCACCAUGCAGCUAUUAGAAACGGGCAAACUAUGUUAAUUAAAAUUAACUUAGCACAUAUCUGGAACAUUUCGCUCUACGAAUCAGUCCGCUAUCCUUCUUGCCUAAUUCCAUAUAGAACCUGAACUUUACUUUUCUUACUUACUUAAAUUUUUCUUUAACACCACAUUGAUGUGCAUAGACUUAAGAGUCAUAAUUAUAUUUUUAAAUUAUGUUACUAGGAAGAAAUCGAUUUCACUUGAUUCUGCAUCCUGCUCCUUAAUAUUUUCCUCACUUUUACUUUACCUAUUAUGGCUUAUUUUCAUUGGUGCCUUUCGAGAGAUUAACGUAGCUCCGGUUUCCCAAUUCGCUCCUUUUAAUAAAACGGACAUAACUAACUCGGAAAAAUAUCUUUAAAAAGCACCGCGAAACCUGCAAAAUUAACGACUGUGCCAACAUAAUAAAUCAUUAAUAAUUUAAAUAAUUUUUUCUUAUUAAUCAAUAAUUAGAUACAAAAACAAAAAUUUGCCAAAUUCUUCUUUCUAAUGGUAGGUACAAACGAUCUAACUAUGUCAUAACUAAUCAAAUCAAAAUCAAUUUCAAAAUUAAUAUCUAAUCCUAAUUAUGAUGAACUAUUAGUUCGUUAGUACUUCUAUAUAAUACUAUAUUUAUUGUAGAUGCACUCUAUAGACUGUAUAAACCCAGAUAUGUAUUGUUUCAGAAAUUGAUCGAAAAUAUUUACUAAGUUAAGUUAAUAAUCACAGCUUGGUUGUUCCUCUUUAUAUAAAGCUUUUUUACUUUACAUUCCAUUUUAAUUUUUACUGUGAGCUCUAUAGUUCAUGUUAUUUAUACACAUUAAAAAAAUCCUCCAUAAUAAGCAGACCCUGCCUUUAGUUUAGGAACAAUGCCAUACAUAUUUUGCAAUUCAGUUCCUAUAAACAUCUAAUAAUGUAAAAAGUAUUUUUCGAAUCUCAAUUAUACAUUAGAGAUUAUUAAAGUAAUCAGAGAAUAACAAAUCACAAAGGAAGUUACUAUUUGGCUUUUUUGUAUGUAAGCUAAAUAUUAUUUUUUUCUGUCUGUACUAAGGUGUGACUAAUCCGCCUUUGCAAAGUAUAUAUAAAAUAAUUUCCAAAUAUGUGUACCGUUUACCGUCACAGUAUACAUUAUGGCCUUAUUUAUAAGAUAUUAUCAUAAUGUAAAAUGUUUAAUCAAUUGUGACUAUAAUAACUUCUCUGUGAUGCGUUUUUUUCUUCACAAUAAAGACCAAGUGUUAACUUUCCCAAUUUCCCUGUUUCUAAUAGGAUCAAACUGCAUGUUACAAGAAUGUCCUUCAGCCAAAGAUCACUGCGUAUUCUGUAAAAUAGGAAUCUUACAAGGAAUCAUGUAUACAAACGUUUGAAUUUUCCCUGAAUCAUCUUUUUAAUUAAUUAUAAAAUGGUAGAGCUUUAUGCGAAGUUAUAUUCAACAAUUUGAUUUAUGUAUAUAUUGUGGCUUAUAUUAUGUACAUUUUUAUUUUAAUAAAUAUACAUCCCCAUAU